AUGAAUGUGUCUGAGAGUCCCAAAAUUGUUCAGCACGCUGGUACUGUCCUUUUAGGAAAUAUUUUGGAGCUAGUCAUCAUAUCCUUCUUCUCUGGAAUUUAUACAAUCCUAAUGCUUUGUUUGAUAUACCUUUUCUACCAAGGAAAAGUUAUAUCUAGGGCCAAGUCUUAUAUGUUUGCUAUUACUUUGCUGACAUUUUUCACAAUAGCAAUCAUAUGUUUAUAUGAUAUAAUUGAUGUCAUUCAAACUAUCCCAAAUCUGCUUAUUUUAGCAGAGAACCAGACAUUAGAAAACAAGUUUUCCAAGAUUAAUCAAGACAUUAAAAUUUAUAAUACUAUAAACUUGAGUUUGCAAAUAGUCAAUGCCCUAUUAGGAAAUACUGUUAUUGUAUGGAGGGCUCAAACAUUAUGGGCAAACCAUUAUAUUAUGGUCUUGCUGAAAGGUAUAUUAAUAGUGACCAUAAUUGCUUCAAUUUCAAAUUGUGUGCUCAACUCUAUUGGAUCAAUAGCUAUAUUUGACUUGUUGGAUUAUUAUUCAUUGUAUCUUCAAAUGAUACAAUGGGGACUAGAAAUAAUAAUGAAUUCAGUAGUCACAAUCUUAAUAGCAUACAAGGCAUGGUCUUAUCGACAAUCUGUCAAGACUUACCUAGCAAAAAACAAAAAGACUCAGAUUGAAAACAUUCUUGCUUUGCUUGUUGAAUCUGGCAUCUUGUACUGUGCUUUAUGGAUUGCUCUUAUAAUUUCAGAAUUUACAUCUAUUAAUGGCUUAGAAAUUGAUAUAUUUUCUAGCAUUAGCAUGGUUUUUACUGGAAUAUAUCCAACAUUGAUUAUGAUUGUGGUUAGUUUAAAUAGCACAGUUGAGGAGAUGUCAGGAAUUUCAAUUUCAACAAUCCAUACCUCUAUUCAGCAGGAGCUAGAGAAUACUAAUAUUCCAGCAGAAGCAGAAGUUUUUCAUUUACAAACUUUUUAUGAGCAUAAUAUUGUACCUAAUGCAGAAAUUAUUGAAGAAACUCAGCAAGACUAG